AUGCCGUAUUGCAACUCAUCCAAACAAAAGCGGAGUCGAUCUCCAGCCUCGGACGAAAAGGCACUCUCUACACCGCGGCUGAAUAAACGUCAAUGCCAAGAGUCCGAUCGUUAUCAUGAUACACAGAACUCUGCCUCGCCCAGCCGUGAUAGCCCGUCUACUACACCUGCCAAUUCCAGUGUCUCUGCUACACUCAUCUAUGAGAGUCCAUCUACUCCAUUCUACAUUGCAAGUCCUUUUUUCUUGCCUAGUCAUGAGCGUCCGUCUACUACAUCUGCCAAUUAUUGUCUCUCUGUUGCGCCUAACCACGAGAAUCCAUCUACUUCAUUCUAUACCGCAAGUCCUUUUUUCUUGCCUAGUCAUGAGAGUCUGUCUACUUCACUCUAUAACGCAAGUCCCUUUUCCACACCCAGCAGCAAGUGUCUCCCUAGCGCAUCCAUCGACAACAGUCCCUUUGCCGCGUCUGGCGAUGCAAGUCCCUCUAUUACGCCUUAUAAUGAAGGUCCUUCUACUGCAUACAGCAGUGAGACCCUCUCUGCUAUAUCUGGCGACAAUAGUGCUAAGGUUGCACCUGGAGAUGAGACUUUACUAACUGCACCAAUAAUUAUUCGGGUUGGACCACAACCCCUUCAAGCACAAAAAUACAUUGUGUCAGUCCUCCAAACAUUUGCAGAAGACCAUAUCAAUUUUAUCAUUAGCAAGAGCCACAGAGGCAUAGAUCAACGUCUGCCAAAUACCACGCCUGAAAUGCUAAAAGCAGAUGCCAAAGGUCUUUUCCAAACCUUGAAGAGCUCGUUAUGCAUGAAUGGUAAUCUGGUAACAAGAGUCUGUGAUUACACUGGGAUUCCACUAUCAUGGUCAGAAGGACCAGGUCGUCUCUCCUUGGAAGCUAUUUAUCCCUAUGUUGUAAAAGAAGAUCGCAUUGCAUACCAUGCAAACCCUAAUGUAUGCUUUAUUGCAGCAUCUAAUAAUAUGGCAAGAAAGAGGCACCCUCCGAUCCUCUUGGCGCUUAUCGCAGCAUGGUUCAAUAGCAUGAGAGAGCAUGAUCUUGAAGCUCGCCAGGCUCAGCAGACGUGGAUUUACAAUGCACUCUGCAAUGUUGCCAGCUUAGAGCACAUUUUCCACCUUACACUAUCGCACGCAGAUCAAAUAGCAAGGUGGGAAGCGUGGCCACUGGAGCGGCAGAAAGAGGCUCUUGAGGUAAUAAGGACUGGAACCAAGGACCCUAUUGUCGACGAGCUGCUAUCUGGGCUCUCUGCUGGAGAACUGUUCCACAGCAGUAGGAAACCUCUUGCCAAAACUUCUCAUCGAGAAAUCAUCGCCAGUCGUUCUAUGUUAGACACGCUCAUGGGAAUUGGGGAGAAAUAUGGACUCUCACGAGAAGAAUUUACUACCUACCUUACCAUUGAAGCGCCUGGUCGAUCAGAGAGAGUCUUCUACGCAUUCCAUGUUCUGUCGCGGCCCCAAGCGGAAGAGAAUGGAUGGGAUUGGAACGGAGUCACUGCUUUUGGUCGACGAUUAACACGCGCCCUUAAAGACCAAUGUAACCGACACGCGGAGGCAGCGGGAUAUGGGGAAACUGAUCUCAAUGAGACUACCAUGGUCUAUUGGAUGGCCGCUUAUUUCAGCAAAAAAAUCGCCGAUUUCAAGGAAGCUAAUCCAGCGGCCGGAGAGUCUGAGAUCCUGUGGUGCUCUAUGUUGGAUCGAUGGGGCCUCCCCAUGGUACCAUGGGUCCGUCAUGUUUUAAGAAUGUCCUUGUGUAAAGGACCUGAUCACGGAAUCGCAGUGUUGCUUGGUUUUCUACCGACUAAUGGCGAGGCAAUUAAUCCUCCCCGGCAUAUUGAUCUUUCUUUACGGGUCGUCGAACUUGAUACAGGGUUUACAAACUUUGCCAUGAAGAACUAUGCAGUUGCCGAUUGGCACUGA